CGCAGUCAAUUCAGGGCACCUUUCGCCGCAAAGAUGUCGACAAUCACUCGUACACUCCGGAACCUCUGGAGAAUAGGAUUUAAGGAAUAUGGCCACCAAAUGCAGUACAUGGGCGAUACGAAAGCCGGGACCCUAGUCGCCAUCGACCGAUACGGAAACAAGUACUAUGAAAACAAUGCCGAGUUACCACUCCGAACACGAUGGGUGGACUACAAGCAAAAGGAACUUGAUGCCUCUCAUGUCGAGCCCGGAUGGCACGGAUGGCUGGCUUACAUGGUCAACAAACCGCCAACCGAAGACAAAAUCAUGCAGACAGGCGUGCGGACAUGGGAAACCCCCGAACACAGACCGAACCUGACACUAUCCCGCGCCGCAUUCAAAACAUAUUCGACGACCAAACCAAAGUACUCUGCUUGGGACCCGGUUGCGAAACCGAGAUAGAUUUUAAAAUUGUGAUAUAGCUCACUUGUAACACAGCAAAGCAGCAAUCCAUCAGGAAAUACUCCAUUAAAUUACUGUAUAUAACCGCGCCAUGGGCCCUCUUAAGGUAGCUGAUCAAUCUCUGUACAAGUGAUUCCAUUGCGAACUAGGUAAAUCUCGCUAAUUAGGCCGUAAGGGAGCCUCUCAAACGCAUAAUAAAGACAUACCGCAGUCAUGGGUAUCGGAUGAAAACAGAGGUGCACUGAUAGAUAAUCUAGAUGGUAAUUAAUACUGAAAACUUAAAAAUCAUUUUCGAGAAGAAUGCAAAACACUGUUACAGAACGUAUCCACCGGAUCCAACGUUCCACCAAUGUCGAACUGGUCGCCGGUCUUCAAGAUCGAUACACCACCAAAGGACGUCCUUGGCCUUUUGGAUCUGGCCCGAAUGUUCGUAAGCUCUCGCCAGGGCAAACCAUGCCUCGGAAUCAUCCCAGGCAGUUCCCAGCUUUGUCAACGCAGACAACAGACCAUAGGCUCGAUCUCGCGCAGCAAGGCGGUCGAGAUACUCCGGGGAAUCCUUAUCGUCUAAUGGUGGUGGAGCGGGCUUAGAUGUUCCCUUCGCCAUACCGUUUCCAUGCAAUGAAACGUCCAGGGUUGAGAGUGAGAGACUGGAAACAUCAGGUAGACUCGACACCUCUGGCUUUUCAGUGGGCAGCUUUUGCUCCCAUAUGUCAAGUAGGAGAUUUGCCAGUCCCACUGUCGCUCGGAUAUGAUCUGGAAAGUAUAUUAAUGCCUCCUCAAAUUGCUCCAUAGCUUCAAAGGGUUGAGACUGGGCUUGAGAGAUGUAUCCACGUUCAGCAUAGACAUCCGCCCAGAGCUCAUCAGACGACUUGGCUCCUCCCCAACCUGGAUCGGCAAACGCUUUUGCGGAUGACUCUUGUUUAGCAACAAGCUCCUCAACACGUUGCGCCUGCUGCUUAGCCUCAUUCCAGGACCCAAGAGCAUCCUCAAAUAAACCAGCGCGCCUAUAAAGACCUGCCACAAAAAGCCAUAUUUUAGUAAGGAGACCGAGCGCCUGCCUUUGAAUGUGAUCCUUGGAAAACCUCGUUGAAGUUUUCGCUUGAAUACCAUGACGACCAGCGGUCGGUAGCCGGAUAUCCUGAAGAGGUGGCUGUUGCCGGUGGCCAAUUGGAGGAGGCUCCUUGGUGUAUUUCGUGUUGUGAGCAACGGGCGGCAAGCUCUGCCUCGCGGACACCGAACCAUUGUGCUUGGCGGUUGGCGAUUGCAUAUAGGGAGGCGAAGUUGACACGUCCUGAACCUUGGCUUCCGUUGGAUCUGGCUGUGGUUUAUGUGGAUGGAGUUGUGAUUUUG